AUCAUCUAGGACGCAUUUAUCCAGCAUAACACAUCGUUGUGGCUACUUUUUUCACUUUGUAGCGCGGCUUAUAGGCUUUGCCGAAGAGCGCGACCUUUUGUCCUCGGAAACGGCACCUUGCACUAUGGGCUUAAACGGGACAUCGAAGAAGGGCAAGGCGAAAGCCGUCACCCCAGCAGCACCAGUCUUGGCGACUCUACAACCUUCGAAGUCUAAAAAGAUAUCCUCUAGCAAGGCCGCCAACAGCACCGCUAGAGGGAAUGCGCAGGAUGAUGAAAGCGACGACGAUGACUACCAGACCACAAGUGAUGAGGACAACGAGGACUCAGAAGACGGGGAAGAUGAUGAAGAAAAGGCACCCCGUGACGUCAGCAAAAAAGGGCUAAAGCGACUGUUGGCCGCUCUGGAGAGGGAAGGGCUGGACGAAUUUGAUGCUGCAAUGCUGCAGGCUGCUGGCGGCCAGAAGAAAGAUCAUGUUGAGAAACAUGAUGAAGAAGAUAAGGACGACGCAGAGAUGGACGAAAGUGAUCAAGAAGAGCUGCCCAUAUUGGCAGCCAAAGGAGAUUCUCUCGCUGCCAGCAUCCUUCGAAGCGGUUUGAUACCUCAGCAAGAUGACGACGAGGACGAGGUUCAGGACGAAGAAUUCGAUGAUUGCGAAGACGAAUGGGAGCAAGAUGGGGAAGACGUACUUCUGGAAGAUCUUGGUGAUACCGACCAGCUACCGGAGGCUCUCCUUGCCACGAAGCGAAAUCGUGUCCGCACCAACAAUAAGGAGGCUCUGCAACGCGUGCUUGCAGAGUUCCGUCUCAGUGGAGAGGACAAGGACAAGCUGCCAUGGGUGGAGACGAUGGACAUUACUUGGGAUCAGGACGUACGCGAACAGGUUGGAGAAAAUGUGGAGGACGACCUCAAGCGCGAAGUGGUAUUCUACAAACAAUCACUGUAUGCCGCUGUCGAGGCCCGCAAACGAGCGACAGCAGCAGGCAUGCCUUUUACCCGCCCGGCCGACUUUUUCGCCGAGAUGGUUAAGACGGACGAGCACAUGGAGAGAGUCAGGCAGAAGCUUCUCGACGAGCGUGCCGGGAUCAAGGCUAGUGAAGAGGCUAAGAAGCAACGCGAGCUCAAGAAAUUCGGCAAGAAGGUGCAGGUCGAAAAGUUACUUGAGCGUCAAAAGCGAAAGAAGGAGCUGGCUGAUAAGGUCAAAGGCCUCAGACAACGGCAUGGCGGGGGAGGAGAUGAUAAUGACGGCUUCGAUAUUCAAUUGGAGGAUACGCUUGGCGAGUCUACUUCGGCCAAAUCGCCUAAGGACCGUCGAAAACUUGGAAAAGGCAAAGACGGGAGAGCGAAGAUGCCGCGAACUGCGCGUGAUGCAAAGUAUGGAUUCGGAGGCAAGAAGAGGUACUCCAAGGAGAAUACGGCGGCAAGCACGAACGACUUUGACGGUGGCCCCGCAAAGAAGCGGCGCAUCUCUGGAACAGCUGGAUUCCGCAAACCUGCAGCCAAAAAGUCUAGACCGGGCAAGUCUAAGCGCGCCGGAGGCGCAAGGCGCUGAUCCUGUAGCAUAGAUUCACAUUCAUUCAUCACUAGGAU